UUUAGAUGGGCCUGCGCUGCGCGAGCGCUGCCGCAACCGACGUCCCGUCGUUUCACGCAAACUCAAACGCAGCUUAUUCUUCUUUUAAACUUUUUAACAUCUAUGAAAAUAGCUCUCAUCUAGCCAGUUUCAAACGUAAAAAGGACCGUCCGUGUGUUCGCUAACUCUGGAAAGGAAGCCGUGUUUUUUUGUGCAGUUUUUGCAUCAACUUUUGCAUCUUGUGUUGUGUUAGUGAAAUUGGUAUCGGUACCGGUAUCGUGUGGUAUCCGGUACCAAUUAGUUCGGCAAGUGAAGUUCAUUGUCAUUUCGUUUGUCUUGUCAUGAAAGUGACGCGGCGUUGAUGCGCCAUGCGCGGCGUGACGUGACGUAGAUGGCGUGCUCCGCGCGCCAGCCGCAAGAUGGCGCGCGAGCCCGGCGCCAGCACGCCAGGCCCCCUGUCUCCGUACGUGACGCUGGGAGCGGUGCGGUACGCGGUCCGCCGAGCGCCGCCGCCGCGGGUCUGCCCCUGCCGCUGCUGCUCCGAGGAGGCGGUGGCGGCUUGCCUCGGCCGUGCCAAGCCGGACCGCCGCACGCUGGAGCGCUUACGGCCCCGCAUGGGUCGCGGCGCGCGCGACGAGCGGCCCUCGCGUCAUCAGCGCCUCCAAGAUCUCACGAAGCGGUUGUUGCCGCGUGGCAACAGUACUCCUCCAGUAUCUCCUCAACCACCGCCUCCACCGCCUCCUCCGCCUCCACCACACUCUGCACCUGUCUUACCUCCAGUGCCACCUCCCCGCUCACGGCACCGUCAUAGCCCUACUCGCGGUGUCUCCGUCGACCGCUACGAAAAUGACAUUUUUGAUACGGAGAAAAUUACCCUACCGCGUGUGGAGUCCCGAUUGAUAGUUGGCUCGUAUGCGCAAAAAACUAUACCAUAUCGCAGUGCUUCAUUUUCUCACGGUGAUUGUACUCAAGAGAAGUACUACCGUGCUACCAACCGGUUGCCUUCGAUCUUCGAUUUUGGUAAUAAGAGCGAAAAAACAGGGGUGGAACGUGCUGGCUCGUCGUGUACGCGGAACGAUGAGUCGGCUAGUCUUGCGACGGAAGAAACUGUAACCGAGGGGGGAUCGGUUGCGUCUGUUGAUUCAGCUGUGGGAUCGGAUGAAGGUCUAUUGGCGCAUGCCUCACCGGCACCUCGGUCGCCUCCACCCGAUGCACCUCAUAAGCAGCUCGGGACGCGUUCGUUAACACACCCGUUACCGCGUCGUGUGCCUCCUGUGCUGGAGGAAGGCUCGACCGUCGCUGGUGGCAGCCUGCCCGUGUUGAUGGCGCCACGCGUUCUACACGAACUACGUGAAGAAAGUGACGGCUCGCAAGCCGACAGUGCUCAGGCUCACAGUGAAGGAACAUCUCCCCUCGAACCAGCCCAACCUUUUGCUUUCCCACCUCUCCCGGACCCUCCGCCAAAUGCAUGUGUUAAUAUGGACUGUGAAUGUGAAAACUUUCUCAUCGAUCGAUGGGAAGAGCCCGGUAACAAAAUCGCGAGUACUUUACCAGUGCCAGUGUAUGAGUGUAUAGUGAAACAGUGGUCAAAAGAGUUACCGCCGGAUGAGCCCCCUCGGUCAGAUGCUGCUUCUGACGGGUCUUUGGACAAAGAUAAAGAAGAUGAGACCAUCACGAGUGAAAAAGUUGCUCAUUUGUUAGAAGCGGUAAAGAAUACUAAUACGCCAGCUCCAAUAGGUAUUAGAGAAAGACGUCGGCCGUUACACGAUAAGAAAAGAAGGAAAGGAAUAUACAUCACGACAGCUAGCGAUGAUGGGGGUGAAGAGUCACCGCCAGUAAAUGGUUGUAAGCGUGAGAACAGCGACGCCUCUCUUCAGGAGAUGCGAUUAUCGGCUGAGACACGAACUUCAUCCUUACUGGGAGAUAAAUCUGAUGAUUCUUGUGCUAAUGGUCCCCCGAGUCCUUGCGAGGCUCCCGUCCAUAUGUGGUCUAGAACUGAAGACCUACGAACAAGAAGGGCAAGAUUUUCACAACAAAGUUCAGACGAACGAGACGACGAUAGUUUUAGAAUGAGACGUAAAUACGGAGUCACGUCACGAGGUGACUCUCCAUCCGAAGCUGAGAGCGAUUCAUGCUCUCGAGAUAGAACAGCUUCCCCGUCUCCUUUCAGCCCUUCCGACAAUUCUGAUGUCGAGGCCAAGCGACAACACUUUUUAAUAGGGCCUUAUGGCAGAAAUUUGGAGCCUCCGUCGACACGCUCUGUUGAUGUCGGCCGGCUUAGUUUCUCCGAUGCUACUGCUGGUCGAAAGAUAAGUGUUGGAGCAGCACCGACCGUUGGUACAAGGCCUAAAGGGCCAACGCACGUGAGAGCUACGUCAUCGCCUUCCAAGCUAGCUGGUGUGAGGCCAGGAGCUGACCUCUUAGCCGAGCUGCUUCGGGGAAGUUCUGAAGCCCUGUCCAACACGGCUACCUUCGACAACGUCAUCCUGACCAUGCAUCAACAAAACGACACGCGGACACACGUCGUCGUCGAGUUGUACGACACAGAGAAGUCCUACGUUGAGGCCUUGGAAAUUCUAGUUAAGAAAUAUUUCCUACCACUUAAAAGCCCGGAGAAUGCCACGCUCCUGGAUGGGUUCCUGGUGGACGAGAUCUUCUACCAAGUGCCGAGCAUCCUCAACGUGCACCAGGUCUUUCUGGAGCAGCUCCGGAGGCGGCUAGAGACUUGGGACCUGCAGCAGAAGAUUGGAGAUGUGUUUCUUGAAGUGUUCACUAAACCCACUGUCAUGGACACCUACAUGUCCUUUAUCAACAACCUAAAGAAGGCGAAAGAGACGAUAAAGACUGCUGCAGCGUCACGGCCCGCGUUCGCCAAGUUCCUGGACGCGAUGGCGAGGGACCAUAAGGGGAAGUGGUCGUUGGACAACCUGCUGAUCAAGCCGGUGCAGAAGUUCCCAAGCUACAAGCUUUUGAUACAAAGGUUGAUUAAACACACAGACCAGUCACACCCCGACCACAAACUACUGCUCGAGGCUCAAAAGGAAAUUCACGAACUGCUAGAACUGAUAAAUUGUACAGAACGAGAAAGUUUAGAGUUAGAACAACAACAACAAACUUUAAGGGACCUAGAACAAAUGAUUGAGGGUCUCAAUAAUCUGGCGGCAGCGGAACGGACGUUUCUGAGGCACGAGACGGUUUCGAUGUUGUCUGCACAAGGGACCAUUAAAGAUAGAGCCCUGUUCCUUUUUAAUGAUACUCUGUUAAUAACGAGUGUUAAGAGACGGACAGGGACUAUGAAAAAACCCAUUCCAACAUACCAAAGUAAUAUAGCAAGUCAGAUGGAAGGUAAUAAGUACAAACUUUUGAUGAGGAUACCAUUAGCCGAUCUCGAAAUCGUUAAAGCAAAGGACGAAAAUCUCCGAAGGGUAAUGCACGAAGUGGAGACGCUAACAGAAGACGUAAAGACGCUGACACAAAUAUCUGAACAAGUGGCUGCGUUGCACAUGUCUCACUCGCACUUAGAGGAAAUAGUGCGAGAUAUGCUUCACACGAUAAACAGGCAGUUGUCAGAGCGGCAAAAUAGUGACACGCAGCUGUGUUAUAUGGAAAUUAGUUUAAAUACUUCGAAUGGACCAGAGAAUCUUACUUUAAUAUUUUCAAAGACGGAGAAGAGAAGCAAUUGGGAGGAAGUAAUAAACGAAACCAAACAAAAGUUAUGUGUGUAUGGUCAGGAGAGAACUGCGCCAGAGUUCCUGUCCCCUGUGCCAAUCAGGAAAACUCGCGCAGGGCUGCAGUUUACGUGCGCUGCGCCUACUCUACCGCCUAAAGGGCAGGCACCUGAUGUUUGGGUAUGUAACAGCGACGGCUAUGUGGGGCAAGUGUGCGUGUUGACGCUAACUCCAAAACCGCAAGUGACUUCGUGCAACGGCGUGUGCAACGCGCGCAUCUUGUGCGUCGCGUGCAUACCGCCCGCGCCCGCGCUCACCAGGCAACAGACUGUCGAUAUACCAAGUUCGAGCUCCCUGAACAGCACGAGUUCAGUGAAGCCAGGGAUUAGCAUAUCAGACCCUGAUGACAGCUGCAAAAACAUAAGAUUAGACAGCUCAUCAUCAAGCGAAGACGACGACGACGGUUCAUCGAACAGCGAGAACCAAGACGCCCUAUCAGAGCGAAGUCAGGAAUCCGCCAGCCUCCGACUGCAAGGGAGCCUCACAGCAUCCCUCAACCACAGAUCCACGCUAACCCCCAACCAUAGCAAGAGUCUGAGCACCCCCUACACGGGGCAGAAUAUGCCCGUGCAUCCUGUGAUGAAGUCCAACUCGAAUCCAGCGGUGGACAAGCAGGCUAUGGGGAUCACAUGUACCCUUUCAACGCCCGCCAGUCGGCAAUCAUCGGAAGACAGCGGCACGACCGCCAAUCAGCCUACCAUGUGGCUUGGCACAGAGGACGGCUGCAUACACGUCUACAACUGUUUAGAUAAUAUUCGGAUCAAGAAGAACAAAGUGAAGCUCCAGCACAACUCGGGGGUGCAUUCUAUAGUGUACAUGGAGGGAAAGGUGUUUGUUGCCCUUGGCAACGGUGACCUCGUGGUAUAUUGCAGAGAUAUAGACGGUUCCUGGAGCGAGCGCUCCACGAUCCCCGUGGGCACGGGCAACGCGUCGGUUACCAGCAUGCUCCUGUCCGGCGGCAAGCUAUGGUGCGCGACGCACUCGUCCAUCAAAAUCAUAAACCCGCAAUCGUUGCAGGUCGACGAAACAUUCCAAAUAAGUUCCGAAACGAAGCCCAUCAGUCACAUGGCGGUGGCGGGCGGCUCCAUCUGGCUGUCGCUGGACAAUGCCGCGCAGCUCAGGUGUUACAAUGCCACCACGAGAGAGAUGCUCGCUGAGAUCAACAUCACGCCACAAGUUACCAAAAUGCUGCAAGGUUGCGACGACAUCAUCCGGCAACACAAAGCGGCGUGCCUACGGGUUACGGCGUUGUUGGCACACAAAGAUACGCUAUGGGUGGGCACGAGCGCCGGGGUGCUGCUGACCGCGCCGCUGCAUAACUCGCCCAACGCACGCACUGGACAGUUCACUGUGCCCACGCUCACAGGUGUCACCUACGGCCAUACUGGCCAUGUGCGAUUCCUGACCAUCGUAGAGAAUCCAGCAGCUCAGAAACAACCAGCGAAACCCGCGCAAGCAAGCCUUAAGACGAAAGCCUUGACCAGGCGGUCAGCCAACGCGGAGAAACUACACAAACAGGCGGAGACUACACAGAGUAACAAGGAAACUUUAAUCAUUUCGGGAGGAGACGGUUAUGAGGACUUCAGGAGUUCGAGCAUGACUGAAGAUGCGGGCAGGGAAGACUCGACCAAUCAUCUCCUGCUGUGGAGAGUCUGAACGAAUUUCAAGGCCUACAGGGUUUACAAUUAUUUUCAAGGCCUGCUGAAAGAAGGCGUUGACUUGGAUCCGUGCGCUCACGAGAUGGCGUCACGGAGAAUUCGGAAUUGACGUUUUCAAGUGUUUUCGAAUGUGAUUUAACGUAAAGUCUUGAAGACACGUAAUAAGGAGCCUAAUGAUGUUAAAAAUGUUUUCGAAUGAAUGUUAUUAUUCCAGCUUAUAAUUUAGAUUGAUGUACGCUAAUCUAAUGAAAUAAAAUAAUAA